UCGACUUCGUUUCCCUCCAGUGGCAGUCAUGGCGCCACCCGUGAGGUACUGCAUUCCGGGCUGCUUUUGAUUUCGCGGUCUUUAGGCAGGGGCGCUACGGACGCGUCUUUAGUGCCUCAGCAGUAGAACAGCUGGUCUCCGAGUUUCUUCCAGCUGAGGUCUCCACUGCUGGGCACUUAGCCACCACAGACCAGAUGUGUUGCUCUCGCUUGAUUAUAUUGCUGACACUCGGGGAAGGAAGUUAGGGGACGAGCGGAGGCGGACUGAGCCCUGCAGUGAGCUGAAUCUUGUCCGAAUGUCGCCCACCUCUCCGGUUACAUCUUGCUCCGCCAUUCCCACCUCACUCUGCAGUCUAGUCACACAGGCUUCUUUCACUGUCGCUAGUGGGCUUCCUGUCAUUUCUGUCAUGAGAGAAACAGAGUCCCAAUUACUACCAGAUGUGGGGGCUAUUGUAACCUGUAAGGUCUCUAGCAUCAAUUCACGCUUUGCCAAAGUGCACAUCCUAUAUGUAGGGUCCACACCACUUAAGAACUCUUUUCGAGGAACUAUCCGCAAGGAAGAUGUCCGAGCUACUGAAAAAGACAAGGUUGAGAUUUAUAAAAGUUUCCGCCCAGGUGACAUUGUCUUGGCCAAAGUGAUCUCCCUGGGUGAUGCACAGUCCAACUACCUCCUGACCACUGCUGAGAACGAACUCGGGGUGGUGGUCGCCCACAGUGAAUCAGGUGUCCAGAUGGUUCCCAUUAGCUGGUGUGAGAUGCAGUGCCCUAAGACCCACACUAAAGAAUUCCGGAAAGUGGCCCGAGUACAACCUGAAUUCUUGCAGACUUAAGAAGCCACAUUUUACCCCAUGGAGAGGGGUAAGCCAUUUCUGAGAGUACAACAACCACCUUUAGAAAAACCUGCUAGCAACUUCUGCUGCAGGUGGAAUAUUUUUCUUAUGAACCUUUCAGUGGAUUUCAUUCUCUUAAGUGAUCAAUUUCUCUUUUGGAGGAGCCAGCAAACAAACUGUAUAACAUUGUAAGUAGCCUGUUCCUUCUGACAGUCUUGCAAAUACAUAUUUUUGGCUGUGACAAAACAUUUUUACUAAAAGGAUUUUAUGGUUUCUGUUGUCUUGAGUAGGGAAGGGAAUCCAAAAAGCAUCAUGACAUUUAGAGCAGGGGUUUGCCUGGUUGCUGACACUCAUUAACUGACGUGUGUCAAGUGCUUACUUCCUCUGGAAAAGCCUAAUCUCCAACCUUUUUUGUAUUUUUUAUGUUCUAUUUUAAGCACUUCCACUUAUUGAGUACUUACUAUGUGCCAGGCACUGGAUCAAGCACUUUAUAUACAUCUCAUUUAGAGAGAUUACAGUUUAGUGAAAAUUACAGAACAUAUGGGGAUUCAGGGUACAUGUGAGUAGUUCUGAAACUAAUUAGAUGAACAUAGUAUUACUGAUUUAGUGGUACCCCAGGAAAUGUUUGCUAAAUCUGAAAAGAGGGACAGAGCACUGUCACGUAAGGUGACCAGGGAAGAUCUGUGAUGUGAAGUAAAAGGAAUUGAACUUAGCUAAGUGGAAUGAAGAUAUUCAAGGCAGACAGAGAAGCCUGAGCAAAGUGCAGAAGCAGGAAUGAACAUGCAAGUUUGGGGAUGAGGAAGGGAUGAGGUGUUAAGCAUGGAGAAGCUGCCGAGGGAAUGGAAGGAAAGAAUUAGCGGAGAGGUCAGUUGUUGAGAUGUUCUUCAAGGAGCCUGUAUCUUUUAUGUGUAGUGACAGUGGUUACAGGUAAACUCGAGUCAUUCCGCCUGGGUUUAUAUCCUCUAGCUGCUAGCCUUGAAUAGGUUAGGUUGUUUUGUUUUGUUUUUUUUAAUAGAAAAUAGAAUUGAGAUCAUUGUAGCUCCACAUGCAGUUUUAAAAAAUAGAGAUUCCUUGUACACUUUGCCCAUUUUCCCCCAAUGGUGACAUUGUACAAAUUACAGUAUACUAAAAUAAUCAGGAUGUUGAACAUUGAUGAUAGUGCAAGUUAUUUUUGUUUCUUUUAAAGUCUGUUUCCUCCUCUGGAAUAGUAUGAUCUCAUAGGGUUAUUGUGAGGAAGAAAUGCCAAAGUUCCAGUACAUGCCGGUAUUGUAUGUUGUUAUUAUAGACCUGGUUGCCUUCUAUCAAGUAUCUGUCAAAUUCCAAGCCUUAUGUUAGACACUUUGAUGUAGUUUAAGCAGUCCCCUUACUGAUAGACAUUUUAAACGUUACAGAUUUUUCUUUUACAGGCAAUGCUACUGAGAAAAUCUCUAUACUGUAUAUCCUUGUGCAUGCCUAGGUUUUAUGGCAAAACAGAUUCCUAGAAGUGGAAUGCUGGGUCAAAGAAUGUGUACUUUUUAAAUUUUGGUUAGAUUUUCCCAUGUUGCCUUGCAGGAAGAUGCUACCAAUUUGAUUCUACAGCAUUAGCCACUUAUUUUCUCUCUGACCUUCCCAGUAGCCCUGGAAUGUACUAAUCAUUUCUACAUUUUACAGAGAAGUAAACUAAGGCUUAGAAAAAUUAGUUAACUUGCCCUACGUCACAUAGACAUCAAGUGGCAGACCAUUAGAGCGUUAUUCAAACCUACGUCUGUCGUACUGUAAAGCCCAAAUUCUUCUGUACCAUGGUGCCCUCCUUUUUCUAAGUAUUGACCAGAACCUUGGGCAUGAAAUUAGAGGCUCUCCAAAUUGACAGUGGUUCAUUAAUUGCUUGUUGGGACAUCAUUCAUUCAAUAAAUAUAUAUUGAGCAACUACUGUCCCGACCACUGUUCAAGGAACUAGGAGUUAAAGCAGUGAACAUGAUAGAACCCUUUCCUUGUAGAGCUUACAUUCUAAUGGGGAAAGACAGGUGAUACAUAAACAAAUAAACAUUCUAAUAAAGUGUCAUAAAGAACAUUUGAAACAGCUGGAUAAUAGCCCUCUCUGAUCUGCUGCAGAGCAGGUUGGAUUUUUCCAUUAACUGUCCAAUAUUGUAUUACAAGUUGAGUUUAUGUGCCUGUCUCCCCUACUAGCCUGAGCUUUUAGGGUAAGAUUCUGUCUUUGAAUCUUCGGUACCUAGUAUUGUGACUAAACAUAGCAAAGCACACUAAAAGUUUUUUUGAGUGUUCUCAUAGCUGACUCAGUGGCUCUGCCCAAACAGUGAUGUUUAGUGAUGAUAUCUGCUCAUCUACAACUGGAUCUAGAGACAAGGAGAAUAUUGUUUCUGUGCCUUGGAAUAGUGAUUCUCAGCCUGGGUGAGGUGAACUUCGUAACUGCCUACAAAGGGUCCCCCCCCCCACAGGUGAUUAUGUUUAGCUAGCUAACCGAGCUAAGCAUGGUCUUGGAAGGAUAGUUGUUGUUAGCCUCCUAGUGGUGUUGGUAAAUAAUGCAGGCUUUCUAUUAACUUUCCUGCCCCUAAGAGUUUUAGUCAAUUAGUGAAGACGGCCAAAAACUUAGGUGAUGUCAAGACAUAAGAGUAAGCUGAUCCAAUCUGAGUUGGGUGAAGAGCCUUGGUCAAAGAAAAUUACCAACUUUUUUUGGUCUACAAUUCAGUAUAGGCUAAGUAAAUUUAACAUUCCACCAGACUGUUGGGGACUUAAAAUUACUAAAGCUCGUCUUGGGGUUUCUGGAUAGAUCAAGUGAAAAACUAGAGAAGCAAGAUAAUUAGAAGUAUUUAAAUUUAGCAUAAGGACUUUUAGUUGAAUAUUUUUCCUCUGGGUUCCAGUACUUGGUAGCAUAUAUUUGGCCAGUUUCUGCAUCUCUUUCAGCCUGUUUCUUCUGUAAACUGGGGAUAGCAGCCCUUUUCAGAAGUGGUGAAGAUUAGAGACUGUAUAUAACGUGCCUCACCCAAUGGUCGGCACAGAGGAGCUUCAUGAGAGCUUCCCAGAUGGAGGGCGUUACUUCCUCCUACUAGAAGAAAGGCAUGGGGUGCCUGAGUGGCUCAGUCGUUAAGCGUCUGCCUUCGGCUCAGGUCAUGAUCCCAGGGUCCUCGGAUCAAGCCCCGCAUCGCACUCCCUGCUCGGCAGGAAGCCUGCUUCUCCCUCUCCCCCUGCUUGUGUUCCUGCUCUCGCUAUCUCUCUCUGUCAAAUAAAUGGGUAGAAUCUAAAAAAAAAAAAAAAAAAAGAAAGGCAGUAAGAGCUUUCUCUUGCCUUGUAGGCUUUCUCAUGAUCCCAUGAUCUUUUCAGAGGCCUUAGAGAGAAGGUAAAUGUGAGCCAUGUCCCUUCCUAAUUACACAUAUAAUCAUACUCCUUUUCUCCUGCAUCAUUUAAGGUUCUGUGUACUUUCUGAGGAUGAAAAGUGUGAAUUAAGUUUACAGAUUUCUAAUAGAAAAAGAGUAGCUUUUUAAGGUAAACAAGUCUUUACCUUACUCAAAACGCAUAAUGGGAUUUUAGAAUUUGACUUUCCACUCAAGUGGUAUUCAGUAACCAGCAUCACUGAGCAAGAGCUGUAGAGGCAAUAGGAAUGGAGAGCUCAGCCAAGACGACCUGCCCACCCACCCCACACAUCAGCUCCCCAACCUAAGAUGGAAAACCUAGUAAGAUACACCAUAUUUGGACCAGGCUGUGUAAAGUGACUGGCUGUCCUAAAGCUCUUACUUUGUCAUACAAGGACUUGGGUAAUGAGGGACAUUUCAAGUUAAAUGUUCAAGCUGACCUCACAUAAGAGGUAUCACUACAUCACACAGAGAUAUUGCACAUCACUCCUUUAUUAUACUGAUCUGGAAAAAAGAUUUAGUACAGAGAUUUACGCUCAAAAUGAGUACCGGGCCCGUGGCAGGGCCAAGCAACUGGAACAUGAUCAGAAACAGAUACAGUGAAAGACACACUUGGACAUGAUUGAGAGGCAUCUCACUGCCAUAAAAUAUUAAGGCAGGGGAGGGGUUCUAAAACACACAGCAGGAUAAAAUCCUAGGCCUCAGAAGUCAAGGAAUUUAUCCCACAUUGGUGUGAGGAAUGGCUUAUUUUUGGAUGAUCACAUGUGGGAAUAUUUCAACCGCCACUAGAAACCCCAGAAGGGUUUUUUUGUUUUGUAUUUUAUAUAUAUAUAUAUACACACAUAUAUAUAUAUACUUUUUUUUUUUCUUUGAGAAAGUAAAUGUAACAUGUAAAGCAUUCAGAGUGAUCCCAAUCUUCUGGAGC